AUAGAUCGUCCAAUAUGGCUGUCAACUUUGAAGAAUUUUCUGUGCCACCUGGAUCUGAGCUUGCUCUACCUCCACUUUUCGGCGGAAAUAUCUUGGAGAGCGAGCUAGAAACAGAAGUUGAAUUUGUUGAUGGCGGACUUGCUGUUGAAAACAUACAAGACGAGGAAGAGGAGGAGGCUCAGCACCGAAUGAGACAGCUUAAUAAGAGCAAGUUUCUUUCUCUUAACCGGCGCUGCAAAGAAAUAGAGCAAGUCAAUGAGCGGAUACUCAACAGACUCCAUCAAGUGCAGAAAAUAAUGAGAAGGCUGAAGCAAGAGAGGAGAUGUCUAAUGAAAAUCUUGGAUGCUUAUGGAGAUGGAUAUAGAAGAAGUCACCUCACCUACUUACUAGAGGAUGAGGGAACUCACACUUGUAAUACACCAACCCCGGCAAACUCAGAAAAUUACCCCCCCGAAAGUCAGCAUAUGUCUCAGUGUUUAUCAGGACCACCCCUUGGCUUAGAAGUUGCUAGUCCAUGCAGUCCAUCUUUUGUAGAAGAACCACCAGUCAAAAAGAUGAGAAAGCACAAGGAGGAGAAAGUGAUAAGCCCAGCUCUACUUUCAACAGAACCACUUCUAGCUCAGGUGAAGAUUGAGGAAGAUUACUUGUGUGAUGGUGGUGAGGAACUAAACCUGAGUUGGCAUCCUCUCAGCCCAAGAGACAAGAUUCUGCAGUACACCAAAUUCUCCAGCCCUGGACCAUGUACAGAUUUUGACUAAUCCUUUGAGCCCUAACACAAAGUGAUAUGACUUCUAUCAGCUGAAAUAUAUCAAUGGGCCUGCUAAACAGCAGACAUACUAAUUU